AUGGAUGAUUCAGUGUUAGAUGUUGAUCAGGUGGAAAAUCUCAUUAAAUUUUGUCCAACCAAAGAGGAGAUAGAGCUUUUAAAGGGAUACGCUGGUGACAAGGAGAAUUUGGGGAAGUGUGAAAAGUAUUUUUUGGAGCUGAUGAAAGUGCCAAGAGUGGAGUCAAAAUUUAGAGUAUUCUCUUUCAAAAUUCAGUUUGGAACCCAGAUUACAGAGUUUAAGAAGAGUUUACACACAGUGAACUCUGCUUGUGAAGAGGUUCGAAACUCAUUCAAACUAAAGGAGAUUAUGAAGAAAAUUCUUUAUUUGGGUAAUACAUUGAAUCAAGGGACAGCAAGGGGAUCUGCUGUUGGAUUCAAGUUAGAUAGCCUCUUAAAACUAACCGACACUCGUGCUUCAAACAGUAAAAUGACACUCAUGCACUUUCUUUGCAAGGUCCUAGCUGAAAGAUUUCCUGAACUCCUUGAUUUUCACCUUGACCUUGUUAGCUUGGAAGCAGCCACUAAGAUACAAUUGAAGUCAUUAGCAGAAGAAAUGCAGGCAAUCAUCAGGGGAUUAGAAAAGGUUAAACAGGAACUUGCUGCAUCUGAAAAUGAUGGCCUUGUGUCUGAAGUUUUUCGUAAGACAUCGAAGGAAUUCAUUGCUGUUGCAGAGUCAGAGGUGGCAUCAGUAACAAACCUAUAUUCUGUGGUGGGUAGAAAUGCAGAUGCACUUGCCCUAUAUUUUGGUGAGGAUCCUGCCCGUUGUCCUUUUGAGCAAGUGACUGCAACUCUCUUGAAUUUCACAAGGUUGUUUCUGAAAGCACAUGAAGAGAAUUGCAAACAAACGGAGUUAGAGAAAAAGAAAGCUGAUAAAGAGGCUGAAAUGGAGAAGGCUAAAGGCAUUAACUUGAUAAGGAAGACUGGAAAAGAUGAAGAAGAAGAAAGUUGA